AUGGAGGAGGCGGCCGGGGGGGCACCGAACCCGAACCCGAACCCCAACGCGGGGAGGGCUCGAAUGGGGCAGCCUCCAGCGCAGCCCCCGCAGGGCCGGGAGCUCUUCAGGGGACAGCGGAAGGAGUCCGAGGGCUCUGUGGAUUUCCCCACCGUGGAGUUCGAGUACGGGGACGCCGACAGCCGUGGUGCAGAGCUCGCAGAGCUGUACAGCUACACCGAGGAGCCCGAGCUCAGCACCAACCGGCGAUGCUUCGAGGAGGAGUUUUGCCCCCAAGCGCGGGGCCGGCAGUGGUCGGAGCUGGACACAGCGCAGCAGAGAGCCCAAGUACUGCGGCUGCUGGAGGGGCUGGAGGUGGUCAGCAGGGAGCGGCGGCUGCGGGCAGCGCGGGCCAUCCUCUACCUGGCACAGGGAGUGUUUGGAGACUGUGAGAGCGAAGGCGAUGUCCUGCACUGGUCACGGCACAACAGCUUCCUGCUGUACCAGCUGGGCACCUUCAGCGCCUUCCUGGAGCUGCUCAGCAUGGAGAUCGACAACAGCCAGGCGUGCAGCAGUGCGCUGCGGAAGCCAGCCAUCUCACUGGCCGACAGCACAGAGCUCAGGGUGCUGCUCAGCGUCAUGUACCUGCUGGUGGAGAACAUCCGUGUGGAACUGGAAACGGAUCCCCCGGAGUGGAAAUCCUGCCGGGAGACCUUCAGGACAGAGCUGAGUUUCCCCAUGCGCUCCGAUGAGCCCUUCGCUCUCUUGCUCUUCACGAUGGUGACCAAGUUCUGCAGCGGCCACGCUCCACACUUUCCUAUGAAGAAGGUCUUGCUCCUGCUCUGGAAGGUGCUCCUGUUCACGCUGGGAGGAUUUGAAGCCCUGCAGAUGAUGAAGGUGAGGAGGAGGGAGGAGCUUGGGCUGCCACCCCUGCCCGAGGACAGCAUCCAGGUGAUGCGCAGCAUGCGUGCCGCCUCACCGCCCACCUGCUCCAUUGAGUUGGCUGAGCAGCAGCAGAAGCGUGGGCACCGCAGCCGGCGGCCCCUGAUGAAGCAAGACAGCUUGGAUAUCUACAACGAGAGAGACCCCUUCAAGAAUGAUGAAACAGGAGUUGAUGAAGAGGAGGGUGAUGAAGUGGAUGGUGGGAUCGAGGGGGAGCUGGACCUGAUGGAGCGGGAUGCUCUCCUCCCUACCAUACCAGCCCAGCGCCCUCCUAUUGAACGGGUGUCAUUCCCCAAAGGGCUGCCCUGGGCCCCCAAAGUCAGGCAGAAGGACAUUGAGCAUUUCCUGGAGGCAAGCAGGAACAAAUUCAUCGGCUUCACUCUGGGACAGGACACUGAGACCCUCAUAGGGCUGCCACGGCCCAUUCAUGAGAGUGUGAAGACACUGAAGCAGCACAAGUACGUUUCCAUCUCAGAUGUCCAGAUCAAGAAUGAAGAAGAGCUGGAGAAGUGCCCUAUGUCUCUGGGUGAAGAGGAAGUCCAAGAAACCCCUUGUGAGGUCUUGUAUCGAGCAAUGCUAUACAAUCUCCCCCAGUAUAUGAUCGCUCUGCUGAAGAUCCUCCUUGCUGCAGCACCCACCUCCAAGGCCAAGACUGACUCCAUCAACAUCCUGGCAGAUGUCUUGCCUGAGGAGAUGCCCAUCACCGUCCUGCAGAGCAUGAAGCUGGGGAUUGAUGUGAACAGGCACAAGGAGAUUAUCGUGAAGAGCAUCUCGGCACUGCUGCUGUUGCUCCUCAAGCACUUCAAGCUGAACCAUAUUUACCAGUUGGAGUAUGUGUCCCAGCAUUUGGUGUUUGCCAACUGCAUCCCGCUGAUCCUGAAGUUCUUCAACCAAAACAUCAUGUCCUAUAUCACUGCCAAAAACAGCAUCUCUGUCCUAGAUUACCCGCACUGUACAGUCCACGAGUUGCCUGAGCUCACUGCAGAAAGCCUGGAAGCUGGAGACAACAACCAGUUUUGCUGGAGAAACCUAUUCUCCUGCAUUAACCUGCUGAGGAUCCUCAACAAGCUGACCAAGUGGAAGCACUCAAGGACAAUGAUGCUGGUAGUCUUCAAGUCGGCCCCGAUACUGAAGCGAGCUCUGAAGGUGAAGCAGGCCAUGAUGCAGCUGUACGUUCUCAAACUUUUGAAAAUCCAGACCAAAUACCUGGGGCGCCAGUGGAGAAAGAGCAACAUGAAGACCAUGUCGGCCAUCUACCAGAAGGUGCGGCACCGCAUGAACGAUGACUGGGCGUAUGGCAACGAUAUUGAUGCGAGGCCGUGGGACUUCCAAGCUGAAGAAUGCACACUGAGAGCCAGCAUCGAAGCUUUCAACAGCAGGAGAUAUGACAAACCUCAGGAUUCGGAGUUUGCACCGGUGGACAACUGCCUGCAGAGUGUGCUGGGGCAGCGGCUGGAGCUCCCCGAGGACUUCCACUACUCCUACGAGCUGUGGCUGGAGCGGGAGGUGUUUUCCCAGCCCAUCCGCUGGGAAGAGCUGCUGCGCUACCAGUGAGAGCCACCACGUCACCCGUCCCAUCCCAGCAGGGACUCCAGGUGCUACACAGCGAGGAAAGGAAGAUAAUUUUAAGUAAAGCUGGAAGAAAAUCACCUUCUUAAAGAGUCCGGGCCUCUCUGUAAACCAUCCAGACACCUCAACUCUCAUUUUCUUGGAGGUCUUCCCUUUGUUGUGACCUCUCGGAGGCCAUGAGGUACCAACAGACCUGUAUGGAGGCCGAGGACCAGGUUCUAGCAUCUCAUUCAGGAGUGGCCUCACCUGGUUUUCACUGCAGAUUUACAACUGUGUAUGAGAGAUCUGAGUCUGUGCUGUCCCUUAGCUUGUUAAGUCCGUUGUAAGGGUAUCUCAGCCUUGAUUAGUCUUCAUCUCACCCAGAUGCCUCAAGCUGAGCUGAUGUGUUUUCAUUUGUUCAUUGAUGAUGAUGUGCUUCAAACACCACACUGCUAUGAUGAAGUAAAAACACAAAAUAGGUGGUACCAUCUAUGACAGUCCCAAGUAGAGCUGGAUGACUCGGCCAAAGGGGAUGACAUUACCACUUGUCCCCAGGGCAGCAUCACUGCUGGGAUUGUAC